UACAGAUUAUAAAACAGUGGAGCUUGUUAUUACAUGACUUAGAGGUAAUUGUUGAACGGCGUUAGGACUUAAACUGAAUGUAGCGACUCGUGAAUCUCGACCAAUGGAUUCUUCCACCACUGCAGCUCCCAUGACAAGCGACUGCGAGACGGAGUAGGAAAAUAAAACAGUUUGGUAAAAAUCUUCAAGUCUUGGGAUGAGGUCAAGUUCCGACUUCAGUUGGUGGCCUUCCUGGCGUCCAACCUCCAUGUCCCUUUUGAAGGCUGCAGAGUCCAAAAUACUUGCCCGUAUUCAGAACAAUUUAUGGGCCCGGUUUGUGAAGCUCCCGAAUCAGGACCGAAUAUGGACUUUGACCCUCACCAACAAGACGGUUCACAAACCCGCAGAAGAACGUACGGACUUGUCACCUAAGACCCCCCUGGUGAUGGUCCAUGGCUUCGGAGGGGGCGUCGGCUUAUGGGUCCGAAACCUGGACGGCCUGAGCCGGUCGAGGCCCGUCCAUGCCUUCGACCUCCUGGGUUUUGGGAGGAGCUCCCGACCUCACUUCCCGUCGGACGCCGCGAAGGCAGAGGAGCAGUUUGUGGACUCCAUCGAACGAUGGCGGCAGUCUGUGGGGCUGGAGAGCAUGAUUCUGCUGGGACACAGUCUAGGAGGGUACCUGGCGACCUCCUAUGCCAUCCAGUAUCCUUCAAGAGUGUCUCAUCUCAUCCUGGUGGACCCUUGGGGCUUCCCAGAGCGACCCAAAGCAGAGAACCAGGAGAGUCAGGGCACAGAGGCAGUGAAGACCUUUCGCCCGCCACGCUGGGUGAAAGUCAUCGCCGGGAUCGUUUCCUUCUUCAACCCACUGGCCGUCAUCAGAGCAGCGGGCCCAUGGGGCCCGGGUUUGGUGAACAGAUUCCGCCCCGAUUUCAGGAGGAAGUUUGAAGAUUUGUUCGAUGACGACACCAUGACACAGUACAUCUACCACUGUAAUGCACAGACUCCAAGCGGUGAGGUGGGUUUCCGGGCCAUGUCAGAGUCCCUGGGUUGGGCUAAAAGACCCAUGCUACAGCGGGUCCACCUGCUGCCCCCCUCCAUGCCUGUCACCAUGCUGUACGGAGCCGUCUCCUGGGUGGACAGCUCGUCCGGGGACAAAGCGGCUGAGAUACGGGGCAAGGCCCACACCAGAGUGAUGCUAAUCGAUGACGCCUCACAUCACGUGUACGCCGACCAGCCAGAGACGUUUAACAAAGUGGUGGAGAAUAUAUGUAAUUCUGUGGACUGACAUGUUUGGGUUGAAAACGAUUGAUUGUACUGUAAAUAAACUGUAUGUGCCAGGCCGGAAAGAAUCCAUACUAAGUAAAACGUUAUUUAUAAUGUAUUUAUCAGUCAGCCAGAUGGCCAUACAUUUAGAUUUUUAACAUGUGCCUCAUUAUUUCUUUCUUUUUUCUUUUCUCCUCCAUCUGUCGCACGGCGUGUUUUAUAACUUUUGCACAAAUAAAAAUUGGAUGCAGAAAAUCA